UUUUACAUCAACACACAAUCGAGGGGGUUGUCUUAACCUUUAUUCCCGGUUUACAAAAGUUUGCUCCAGCUUGCUCCAGCUUGCUCCAAUAAUCUUAAUUUGUUUGUUUAAUAAAAAACAAUAACAAAGAGCAUAUAUUUCUAUAAACAAUUGUUUAAUUUGGAGUAAAAUUAUACAAAAAUUACAAUAACAGUGACAAUAAUUUGACCGAUAUAUAAUUAAAAAUGGGAGAUAAUCAAUUUGUUGGCUGUAUGGUAUCAAUAAAAUGUGUAGAACAGCUGGGAAGUUAUCAAGGACAAAUUAUUGAUUUCAAUCGUGAAACAGUAACAAUAUCAAAAGCAUUUAAAAAUGGCAUUCCACAUUCAUCUCCCCAGGUUACAAUAAAUGCAAAAGAUAUAAUUAAUUUGGAGAUGAUUGCAACUGAAGAAACAGUAACAAAAGAAUCAAAAAUGCCAAGUAAAGUUACUGUUAAAAGACCAAUUGCAAAACGUGCAAAUCGUUCAGUAUCUGAAUGUAUACCAACAGCUGUAUUAUCAGCAGCACAUGCAUCAACAUCAUCAUCAUCAGCAACAAAAAAAGUGAGUGAAUUAAUACAUCAAGAAUUAUCAACAUCAUCAUCGUCAUCAUCAAAUGGUAAUAAAUUAAUAAAUGAUAAUAUUAAUAAUACAAAACAAAAUCAACGUAAAUUAACACAACGACAAAAAUGGAUUGAACGUGAUGAACAAGCAUUUGGUACACCAAUUGAUCAAUCAUUAAAUCAAGAUUUUGAUUUUGAAAAAAAUUUAGCAUUAUUUAAUAAAGAAGCUGUAUGGGAAGAAAUAAAUAAUUCAUCAAAACCAGAUGUUAUUAAACAAUCAGAAAUAAAUAAAGGUAAAUAUCGUCAUGAUGAAAAUAUAAUAAUAUCAAAACCAACAACAUUAAGACAAAUAAUUGUACCAAUAUGUGAUGAUAAAGAAUAUGUUACUGAUGAUGGUUUAAUUAUACCAAGUAUACCAUUAGAAUUACAUAGAAAAUUAAUUGGUACUGCUGAUAGAUUAGGAAUAAGUUGGGAAAGAAGAGUUGAGCUAUUAGGUAGAGCUGGUGCUGAAAUAAUAUUACAACUUCUUGGUGGUGCACAUAGAUUAAAUCCAAAAAAUGCACAUCAAUGGCCAACAGUUGUUGCAUUAUGUGGACCACAUCGUUCUGGUGCUGCUGGUGUUAAUUGUGCACGUCAAUUAUCAACUCAUGGAAUUAAAACAGUUGUUUAUGUUGAAAAUUCAGAAAAUAUAAAUUUAUUACAAGAGCUGUCAUUGUAUAAAAUGACUGGUAAUAAAGUUGAAACAAAUAUUGAUAAAUUAGCAUCAUGUGUUGAUUUAAUUAUUGUUGCAUUGUGUGAAGAAGAUUCACCAAGAAAAAUAUCACCAGUUGCAAAAUGGGUUCAAAAUAAUAGAGCACCAGUUAUAUCAAUUGAUCCACCAUCAAUUGGUACACCUGGUAUAUUAUCAAAAAUAAGUUUAUUAGGUGUAUUACCAUUAUCACAUGAUUCUAGUAAUGGUAGACUAUAUCUUUGUAAUUUGGCAUUACCAAAUAAAAUUUUUUCUGAUGUUGGUAUAACUUAUCGAUCACCAUUUGGACCAAAAUUUGUAAUUCCAUUACAUUCUGAUGAUUCUUAGAUAAAUUAUUUACAACAUGUUAAUUAAAAUAUUGGUGAUAUUUCAAAAAUCAGUGUUCAAAAUGAAAUUUUAAUAUAAAUGACUGCUUAUUGUUAAUUGUACAUCUUGGAUUGAACGAGUAACUCAAAUUGUUACUAAAAGUCAAAUUUUUGUUACUAAUUAAAUUGAAUUCAAUAUUUUUUUUUAACAACAUAACGAAAUUUUUUUUUUUUUUGUCUAACUGAUAUUCAAUUAUUGUUGCAAAAAAUUUACUUUUUUUUUUUUUUUUUUUAAAUAUUUUAUUUAAUAUAAUAAUUUGAUGAUUUCAUUAAUUGACUGUAAAUUUUAUAAUUAAUUUUUUCAUAAAAUUAAAGAAAGAAAAAGAAAUACAAUUGAAAAAAAAAAUAAAUAAAAUAUUAAAUUAAAUUUAUUUAUGAUAAAAAAUAAUGUUUAUUAAUUUUUUUUUAUUAACCAUCUUUUUUUAUGAGUUAAUCAUCAAUAUGAAAGUCAAGGAUGACGAGAUAAAUAUUAAAACGAAAUAAUCACGUGUAACAAAUAAACAUUUGUGUCUUAAAAAUAAUCAUGAAGUAAUGAUUAUAAAUUAAAAUAUAGUAAUUCAUUUGAAAAAAAAAAACAAGUUUUUGAUGUUUUAUUUUGUUUUUUAAAUGUCAUCAUUAUUGCUAAUUGAGUUUUUAAACGAUCUGUUGUUGAAGAAUUAAAUUUACAAAAUAUUAGUAUAUAUUUAUUUAUCUACCGAAAAUGAAUUAUUUCUUUUGUAAUUUUAUUUUCAUCAAAUAGCUUGUCAUGUGACGUAUCUGACUAUCAAGUGUUUAAUGAUUAUAUAAAUAUAUAAAUUGAGUAUUGACAAUCAGUUUGUUGUAAUUGAUGAAAUAUUCAUUAACAUAAUUAAUUAAUUAAAUAGUGAUAUGCCUGGUACAUUGACUUAUCCAAUGUAUGUAGGUGUUGAGAGACCAACUCCAAGGAGAAGAUCUAGCUGGAGUUAUAGAAGACGAUCAAGUGCAACACAAGUACCACCAAUUAGACCAGAACGAGUAUCUCUUGCUGAACCUUUUGUAAAUAUUAUUCAAUAAUUAUUAUUCAAAAUAAUAAACAUCAAUUGAUAGAAAUAAAUAAAUGCAACUUAAU